GCAUUUCCUGCACUCACAUACAGAGGUUAAGUGUCAGUGGCGAGAGAGGACCGGUCUUACCUCCAGAGAAAACACGUGGAAAUCAAGGGACAAGGAAAAAAGUGGAAGGAAAAUGGAAAACUAUGUGACUGCACUCACUUUUGGGAUUUUCAUGCUCAGUGGGUGCUCGGCCCGUGUGGUGACGGUGCCUCCUGGUCCAUUAAUCCGGGUGGAGGGCCAGCCAGUCUCCAUCAGAUGUGAUGUCAAAGAAUACACAGGACCUAGUGAGCAGGAUUUUGAGUGGAAUAUGUUAAAGGACGCUAAAGGGCAGAAGACAAAGAUAAUCUCCUCUUUCGACUCUCGCUACUCUGACCAGAUGUACAGCAAGCGCGUGGCGUCCGGCGACAUAUCGAUGGUGCGUCUCCAAGACAACGAGGUGGAGCUGAAGAUUGCUGAGGUGAAGUUGACGGAUGCUGGCUUCUACGAGUGUCAAACACCGAGCACCGACUACGUCAUCAGUGGAAAUUAUAUGGCUCAGGUCCAACUCACUGUCAUUCCCAACACCCUCAAGGUCUCCCCCAAGACCCCGCUCCCAGUCAUCUCAGAGGGAAGUGACCUAACUCUCUCCUGCAAUGUCACCCGGGAGCUCAUCCACCCCACCUACCUGUCUGUCACCUGGUCGGUGAAGAAGGGGACGACGUCAGAGGAGAUUUUGACGUUUGGUCCUCAGGGGGAUGUGGUCACGGGGUCCAGGUUUGCCCGGCGUUAUGCGGACGGAGGCAUCCGAUUGGUCCCUGGCAGGAAUGGAGUGUUUGAACUGGUGAUUUCCAGAAUGACGACGUCCGAUGAAGGGAAUUAUGAAUGCAACGGGACGGAGUGGACGCACGAAAGUGGAGGAAAUUGGAUAAAAAUCGCGGAGAGUACCAAAGAGAUGGGAACUGUUGCGGUUACUCCUACAGGUCGUUCCCUCAACGUGAAGGCCUCACCCUCCUCCUCUCCCUCCUCCACCUCUCUCGUCCUCUCUCCUGGCAACUCGCUGACCCUGAUGUGCGGCGUCACCGCCGACAACCUGCCCGCCCUCUCCCUGGAAGUGUCCUGGCUGGCCGACGGCCGUGAAAUCAUCACCAUGGAUCGCAGCGGGGUGGUGAUCUCAAACACAUCCUCAAGCGGAGCGCGAGGAAAAACUGGGGAGGCGAGCCUGGAGCGAACAGAAACCGGCGACUACAGGUUGGGGGUGAGGGGGGUGACCAUUGAAAACGGAGGGAACUACACCUGCCGCGUCCGAGCGUUCAUCAAUAAAGAAGGACGGAGGUGGUACAUGACAGCGGAGAAGACAUCCAACCCUGUGACGGUGAAGGUCUCUGAGAUGCAGCCGAACUUCACGCUGACCCUCGUGGCUGACGUCAACCCCCAGACGACAGCUGAGCCAACAGAACUCGCCUGUCGCGUCACCAACAUUGCCAACUUACCUCUUGGAGGCCGACUGGGCGUCAGCUGGGAGCACACAUCGCUUCCUGGGUUAGGGGACGACCCUCAGACCUCACAUCCCAUUGGUUCCUUGGAUGCUAAUGGCAACCUGCUGCCGGGGUCGAUUUAUAUGGAAAGGAUGAAGAGCGGUGCGUUAACGCUGAGCAGAGUCCAGCCCAACACGUUCAAGCUGCGAAUCCUCCGCACACAGGAGAUCGACAUGGGCCAGUAUGUUUGCAGUGUGUCUGCUUGGAGCGUCAACAGCCAGGGAGACAUGGUGAAGACCUCUGAGAACAGAAGCUCGCCGCUGACUGUUCGAUGGGACGCCAAGCGUCCGAUUGUGAAUGUGGUGGCUAAACGCAUCCGUGAGGCAUCGGUAGGAGGCUCUACCUUUGAAUUGGGCUGCAGUGUCACCACUCAGAACAUCGGUGAUGCGGGGUACUCUGUGCUCAUCCAGUCUCAGGACAGCUUGGACAGCACCGUGAGGACCAUCAUGACUCUCAGCCCGGACAAUGUCGUACAGCACGGAGGAGCCACAGACCCAAACAGGAGAGACAAUCUGGUUCUGACCAAGUCUGGUGCGGCAGAGUUUCGGUUUCGCCUGGCAGGCGUCCAGCUGUCCGACAGAGGUUACUACUGGUGUGACGUCACUGCAUGGACAAAACAGCAGCCGGGACAGGCUUGGACUAAAGCCAGCAGCUCAGAAUCAAAUAAAAUCAGGAUAAACUUCCUGGAAAAUGGCCCAUCCUUCUCCAUCGCCAUCAAGUCGGACGAUAGCAGCGUUUAUCCGUGGGAAACGGCAAAGAUGGAGUGCUCGCUCAGCGUCUCCGGAUCCUCGCCAAAGACUGACGACCUGGCGUACGAGGUGAAAUGGUUUUUCACCCGGCUGCGCGGCGGUCCCGCGGCGGUCCAGGUGGCCAGCGUUGACCGUUUUGGCGUUGUGAGAAAAAUCAACCGCAAUUCAUCCAGCGACGUUACAAUAGAGCGCAAAGACACACACACCUACCUGCUCAACAUAUUUGGCACUCAGGACAGUGACAGCGGGGAGUAUUUCUGCUCCGUCACUCCCUGGUACCUGUCGGCCUCAACGGGAGCCUGGACAGAAGCUCAAGAGCUGACAUCAUCCAAAGUCUUCCUCGCUGUCAAAUUUGCAGUUUGGGACUCCCUAAAGUUACCUCUCUUAUAUGGUGCAUCGGCCUCACUGGGUGUCGGCCUCUUCUCUCUGGUCCUGGGUCUUGUUUGCGCCCAGUGCUGCUGCCGCAACACCGCACACCUUCCACGCUCACGCAACAAACUCAUGGACCUGGAGAUGGACUGACAAACACUUUCCCCCGCGCCCUCACACUGCAGCGCUCACAGGAAGCACCACACGCAUAACAGACACACGCCCACAGACGAUUUCUGGGACACCCAGUUGUUCCCGGGCGACGGGCGUUGGGAUUAAAAUGCAUUUUCGCAGUGCUUUAAAAGGUGCUCAGGACUGUUGUGUUUUUUCAACUCUGCAGUGUAGGAGCAGGGGACUUUCACGCUCACCAAUGGGAAAAAAUAGCCUUUCAGACUUCUGUUUCUAUGAAGAAAUCUUGUGGCACUUCUAGAGAAUUUUAUGCAGAUAAAUUUGUGCCCUGCCGACACCACCGCCGUACAAGAAGCUCUGAGGGAUCCAGAGCUUAAUAUCCGAGGAACAGGAGACUUCUGAGACAUCACUGCCACUUGGGAAUAAGGGAUCAGUAAACAGAUCUGCUGCCUCUAUAACCACUAGGGAUAACAAAUGAAGUGCUCAGGCCUGACUAAAUGCUUUUUUAGGUUUUCUUUUUUUUUUACUUAUCCUGAUGCCAAGGCAACCAGUAAGCAACGUACCAGUGAAUCCCACUAUAAUCUCUUUUUGGGGAAGCACGUAAAAUUCAUGGGUUCUUUGGGGUUGGCGAGACUGGAGUGCCAUUACUUAAUAUGAAUCUGCACAAGGUUAAAAGACAUAAUAUAUCCCUACUUAAGUCACAUGGGAAACAUCUGCUGAAGGUGUUCUGGCAUUGCGCUACCACCCCAAAGUAUUCCCACCUUAACACCUGGACUAUAUUUACCUUUAUUCUCAACUCUAGUUUUUUGAAAAUUCAGAGAUUUUAAAAAAAAUGAGACAUUUUUAAGCUUUACACAGAGAUAUGCAGUGUGUUUGUGUGUGAGAUAUACUGUACAUGGUGCCAAUAUUUUGAACUAAUGGAGGCGUGCUUGGUUCGUAUUGCCACAUCAACACUUGAACUGCUGCUCAAAGCGGCAACAGCAAGCACUCUUCUUUUAUAAAUAUUCAAAAAUGUAUCCAGCUGUUAUUUUUGCCCGGGUCUUGUGUGUGUUUCGUACACUGUGUGAGUGCCGUGCUACAGUGUGUGAGACAAAGAGUUGCAUGUACUGUUUUGUAAUAACAGUAUGAUGUCAUUCAUGAGUAACACAAGGCGUUUUUUUUUCUCCCCCACGGUUACAUUUUGAUCACAUCAAAGCUUCCUACAUCUAGAUCUGAAAAGCUAGCUGUCACCUCGCUAUGGCAGACUCCAGUUUGUUCGUACUGUGAACAAAAUGAAAAAAAUUGUUUGGGUGAUGUAAGGAACUUGGUUUCUUCCAUGGUUUGAAGUUUUCAAUAAAGUGAUGCAUGUUUCUUAGCUUUGGGUAUAAAAGGAAUAGUCGAAUAACUUGGGAAAUGUGCUUAGCUUGGUUAGCUUAGCGUAAAAGCUAAAGGAGGGGAAAUGCUAGCCUAGCUUGUUCAGAAGUGAAGCAGUUUGCUCUGAAAGAACUUACUCUUCCCUCUAUAUUUAACAUUUCCAACCAUUGUGCAUAACCAACAUAAAUGAGACUCUGAUAUUGUUGCUAAGCAUUUUAUGUCACUUUUGGUUUAGCUAGGAUAGCAGUUCUCCUCAUAAACAAUAUAAAAGAUGGACGUAGCUACUAUGUCAUCCACUGGUUUCUGGAAUCCCAUUUUGAAGCCUUGAGAUGAGCAUUUCCACUGUUGCUGUGUUCAUUGCAAAAAAAAUAAAUAAAUAAACUGCAAAAAAAAUAGUUGCGACAAAGAAGGGUGGGGCCAACUGUGAACCUGUACCCUUAUUGGCUAACAGCUUGGGAGUGGCAACAUGUUAGCUAAGAGACGUGUGGUUCAUUCCACAGAUAAUGUUCCAUGAAACACAGCAUGACCAGAAGUUACAAAAUAUAAUUUUUAAAUUUUAAUUAAUCAAUUUUGCAGCUACAUCUAUCGCCAUCUGGUGGCCUUCAGAUAGAAUGCAGGUUUAAGGCACUUUUUCCAAACGGACAGCUAACGGCUACAUCCAUGUUUUACGCUGUUUGUGGUUCCUUUACACACCAUGAACAAGCUACAGUGUAGCUAAAAAACUGACCAGUAAACUUCCAGUUGUUCAAGACGUGUCAACAACCAACGCGUGCAUUAUUUUUCCUUUGAUAUGUUUAGGUUCUGCUGUUUUCCUUGCACCUGCUUGAUUCUAAACUCUAAACUCUAAAAUGUAUUUCCAUAGGACAACAACAGAAAGAAACCUGCAAUAAUCGGCCAACUGGCAAAGUUAGCUGUGUCCAACUCGCAUCAGCUGACAUCUGUUUAGUCUCUGUGGAGUUUUUAUCGCAAGUGAAUGAACUUGCAAUGACGGGUGUGUCGUGUCGACUGCUGUGCGAACACACACAUACUUGAAGCAACCACACACACAGAAAAUGAGGAAGUUUGUGUCCGAACCCAGCAGGAUCCAAGUGGGCCUGUUGGGUUUUUAGCAUGAUGUGCCAGCCAGUUUUCUCCUGAACUGGCUGGGGUUGAAUCAGGCUUUGUUUGAUGUGUUUUAAAGAGAGUUUUAAGCAACUUUACGAGCAAUAUGAGGCUGUAGUCGGGUCACAGCUCCCAGAAAGCUAAACUUCUAUUAUUCACUCUUAAUCAGAACUAAAGCACUGUUAACUCAGGCAGCCAGUGCGGAGCCAUUAUCCAGUCACAAUAAACAGAUGCCCAUCACCGUGUUUCUGAGUUAAUGUUUUCAUAUCCCAUUUUUUCUAUUAACUGAAACCGAAACCAGUGGUCUGCAUCAUUUCCACAUACAUCUUCCCGGAAUUAGAAAAACACUGCUGAGUGUUUUGGCUUGGCUUAAGGAGGCUGGUUAUUUCAGAAACUUCCAGUGUGGUUCCUUAAAUCCUCUCCAUGAUUAUACUGGUGCAGUAUUCAGAACAGGUUCUUCCACUAUCAUUAACAUACACACACCUACACAUUCACAGGUAAACAGUAUCGCUCUGUGCCAGUAAACAAGACCUAAACAAGAAAAGUAGCAUCAGUACACAUCCCUGAUCAUGUGAUUACAUCACUGCAAGACCUCCCCAGUGUCUUUUUAUUUUGUCAUUUUAUUGCAAUUAGUAUGAUGACUCAUGAUGAUGUUUUUUAAUAAACAGAUUUGUAAGAUGUAUUCAUUCUGA